AUGUCCGUUGCGCCAGGCCAAGCAAUUGCUCCUCCGAAACAGACGAGUUCUGUGAACACCGAAGAUGAAAUCACCCAGUCAAUGCAGACUGACAACCUGCCAAGCAAGUCCAUUGACAAGGAGUCUUUGCAAAAGGCAUUGGACAAAGAAGCUGCCAAAAGAAAACCUCACACUUCAGCUCAUCGUGGUUGGAAGGAAGUUUCUGGCUGGGAAGAGCAGGAUGUUUUGACGCCAGAUGACGAGGUUACCGACAUGCUGUCUAGAGCCACCUGGAUCGAUGACUAUCUCCCAGAUAAGUUCUACGGAGACUGGUACCAUACUGUUGCGAUUCUGAUUCUGGCCUCGUUUCUGUGUUGGGUAGUUGGAAAGUUCAAGCUCAGCGUUGGCCCCGUGUUUCUGAUCACUGUUCCCGCUGCCCUUUACUACCGUUCCUCCAUACGCAAGUACAGAUCGUUGUUAAGACUAGAUGCCCAGAGAGAAUUUUCUGUUCACCAGAUUGAGAGUGACUUUGAGAGUAUGGACUGGCUUAAUACCUUUCUUGAUAAGUUCUGGAUCCUUUUGGAGCCUUCAAUUUCCCAGAUCGUCUGCGAGCAGGCUAACCCAAUUUUGGCCGCAUCUCCUGCUCCAGCAUUUGUGAAGCAACUGUGGCUCGACACCUUCACCAUGGGGACCAAGCCACCAAGAAUUGACAAAGUGAAGACUCUUUCCAGAAGCGCUGACGAUGUGGUGGUGAUGGACUGGGUUGUUUCUAUGACUCCCAAUACGCUCGCCGAUGCUACUGUCAAACAACUGAAGAAUAAGGUCAACCAGACGGUCAUCGUCAAGGCAAAACUGUUCGGUAUCACUUUUCCAGUUGUUGUGUCAGAUUUGGCAUUCAAGGUCAAUGUCCGUGUCCGUUUCAGAAUGAUGACGAAGUUCCCCCACAUCAAGACCAUCAACGUCUCUUUGGUAGAACCUCCUCAGUUCGACUUUGUGGCUAAACCAUUUGGUGGAAACUCCAUUUUCGCAAGUGAGGUUCUCUCUUUCCCCGGUCUUUAUCCAUUCAUCAACGAAAUGGUGAAGAAGUUUGUGGGCCCAAUUGUUUUUGACCCUCUCUCGUUCCAACUCAACGUUGAACAGCUACUUGCUGGUAACGCCUUUGGCAGCGCCGUUGGAAUUCUGGAGGUCACCGCCAAGUCUGCAACUGGCCUCAAGGGUGUUGAUACUUUCGAAAAUACGGUGGACCCAUAUCUGACUUUUGGAUUUGGUAACACUGUUCUCGGCAAGACUAAGACUAUAGACGAUACGUACACUCCGGUGUGGAACGAGAAGGUCAAUGUGAUGCUCAAGACUGUUUCUGACCCUCUGUGGAUUAUGUGCUACGAUGAGAAUGAUGGAAAGAAGGACAAACUCAUUGGUGCUGUGUUAUAUGACAUGGAGGAUCUCAUGGAUAAGAACACUCUCAAGAACGUCAAGCUGCCUCUUUUGAGAAACAACAAGCCUGCUGGUGAGUUGACGGUUGACCUCAAGUUUAUGCCUGCCCUGCAAGGUGCUACUUUGCCAGACGGAUCCUACGAUGCUCCCCCAGAUCUCAACACUGGUGUUGCUCGUUUCGAGAUCACCGAAGCUAGAGCCUUCUCUGAAGACGACGCGAAGCCGCUCAGUACUUUCGUCGAGCUUUAUCUCAACGAUGAGCUCAAGGCAACUUCUUCUGUCGUGAAGAAAACCGCAAACCCAACCUUCAGUGCUGUCCAUGAAGACAUCAUUACCGACCGCAGCAAGGCCAAGGUGCGUGUCAUUCUUCGCGAUGAUAAGAAGAAACUAGUUGGUUCAAGAACGCUCCGCCUUUCGGACAUUAUUGAUGCAACAGUUGUGGACCAGCCAUGGUUCCCAAUGACCAAGGGCAAGGGAGAAAUCAAGCUCAGUGGUGUGUGGAGCUCUGUGGCCAUGACUGGAGUCGAUGGCUCCAUCGGAUACACCGAGCCAAUCGGAGUUGUCCGUGUGUACAUCAAGAAGGCUACUGACCUUAGAAACUUGGAUACCUUUGGAGAUAUGGACCCAUAUGUGCGUGUUUUGGUGAACAGUAUCCCCAAGGCCCGUACUCCAGUGAUCGAAAACACAACCAAUGCUGUUUACGAGAAUGCUCUUUGGAUCCCCGUUUCCUCACCUAACCAGCGUCUCAAGAUCGAGGCAAUGGACUUUGAAAAGAACCAACAGGACAGAACUCUCGGUUCUUUCGAUGUAAGGCUGAAUGAUUUCAUUGAGAAAAGUGAGUCAGGUGAUUAUAUCGAGACAGUUGGUGAACUUAAGGAGUCCAGAUUGAUCAGCAAAAAGGGUCCUAAGGGAACUAUUACCUACUCACUGGCUUUCUACCCAACUAUUCCAACCAGAAGCCAAGAGGAGAUCCUGGAAGAGGCUGCUAUUCGUGAGAAGAAGGCUGCCGCUGCCGAAUCCGAGUCGGAUCCCAAGGCUAAAAAGCAAGAGUCCUCUGAAGAGGAUGACCUUGAUGCUGACAUCUAUGGCCAUAAGAUCAUCUUGCCUAUUGAGAAGGUGACUGACUACCAACAAGGUGUGUUUGUGUUCAGUGUGUUUGACGGAAAGUUCUCGUCAUCAGGUCAUGUCCAGGCCUUUUUCGAUGACCGUGGCUAUGCCGAUUAUGUUUCUCCAGUUGUCAGUGCUGGACAGUCACGCAUUGCUACUACCGGUGACUUUUUGGUGAAAGAGCUUGACUACUCCACGGUGACAUUCCGCCUUACCGGAAAACCUGAUAACCAUAUCAAGAAGGAGGCGUAUGCAGAAGUGACAGUUCCAACUCUCCAGCUGCUCAGAAGAUCCUAUGAGAAACCAGUUUUGCUGGAUCUGAGCAAUAGCAACACCCUUCGUGUGCAAUGUCGCUGGAUUCCGGUCAAUAUGAAGGAGCUGCCAGCUUUGGACUCCAUUCUCAAUUCCGGUGAGCUGAAGGUGAGGAUUCUGAGUGCCUCGGGCAUUCCUGCUGGUGACAGCAACGGAAAGUCAGAUCCUUUCAUCAAAGCAUACAUUAACGGUGAGGAGGUUCAUAAGACCAAGACCAUCAAGAAGACACUUACACCAGUGUGGACUAAUGAGGAAUUCAGCAUCACUUUGAGCAGCAGAGUGACAUCAACUUUGCGGUUGAAGUGUAACGAUUGGGAUAUUGGUAUUGAGCAAGACGAUAAGCUGUGUGAGGCCACUAUCUCUCUUCAGGACAUUGACCCCGUGACAAAGUCAUGGGUUGAAAAAGAGAUCCCAUUGUUUGACGAUGAUAAGAAUCCAGCUGGAUCAGCCAUCAUCGAAUAUCAGUUUGAGCCACACUAUGUCUUGAAGCUGACUGAGAACUCUGCUGGUAUCAAUCUGAUCUCGGGUCCUAAGGCAGUUGGUGCUGCAGGAACAAUGAUCAUCGGUGCCGGUGGAAAGGUUCUUGGAACUGGUGUUGGAGCCGGUGCCAAGGUUCUUGGUGGAGCAACUUCUCUGUUCAAGAAAAAAAAAUGA